CAAUAUAGCGACUGGGCCAGAUUUGCACUUCCAAAGGAAAUUUCAACAACGAUUUGCUCAGACUCUUUGAGAACAUACCGUCUCGCAACCACUGUCAGGAGUAUAUAGCAAUGAGCCAUGUUGCUGAUCCUCCUGGCUUCUGCUGCCUGUUUCCAUGGCGUCAGUGCUGGCUAUGGUCAGAGGUCCACAUUGGCCAGGCAACAGUUUACCAAGCCUCUCCAGGAGCACUGCAAAGACUAUGAAACCCAGUUUGAGAUAGUCUUCACCGUUCCAGGGGAUGCUGCAGUGCUCAACUGCACACUGGCCAGUCCUGAUGUUUUUGACCUCCACAGCACCCCGUACAAUAUCUCCUGGUAUGACUGUAAAGCUGGGAGAGAGCUCUCUGAAGACCUGGGGCAGUUCCGGGUCAGGGGGACCAUGCUGUGGUUUCUGAACAGUACACUGGAGGAUGCAGGCCAUUAUCAGUGCAUUCUGAGAACCCCUAAUGGCUGCUUUAAACAGAAGUCAGUUCUGAGGGUGGAUACAGUCAAAGCUGGGAGCUGUGGUCGACCAGAUACAUCCCAGCAGAUGCUGACCACACAGACAAACAGUUUCCUUGUUUGCCCAUUACUUGAGUACAUAAGCCAAGCGGACAGUUACUCUAUUCAGUGGUACAAGGAUUGUGAACGUAUUCUGGAAGGAGACAAGUUCUCCCAUGUGGGAGGACACAGACUUCUCAUCCGGCACGCUGUUGUCAGUGAUUCAGGACUCUACACUUGCAGAGUGACGUUCAAUCUGACUGGGACAAUAGGGUAUGCUGCUGAGACCAUCAAGUGCAGCAUUAAGGAACAAUGGAGCCUGCGACCCAUUGUCUAUCAGCCAGUAAAUGAAAUGGUCAAAGCAGAGUACGGAGGAAAUUUCAAUAAAACCUGUCAGGUAUUUGUGCCAAGCAAGGGAAAUCUAUCUGUGGAUAUCUACUGGGCGUCUGAGUCCGAAUUCAUUUCCACAAACCUUUCAGACCGGGUUCACCAGCUUCAUUUAAGGAAACAAAAAGUGGAUGAUGGGGUGUUGCUGGAAGUGCUGCUUAAUUUCACAAAAGUAAAGGAAGAGGAUUUUAACCAGAAUUACACGUGUAUGGUCUUCAGCGAAAAAGGCGUUGUCACCAGUGACUUCAUUUUGGAGCCAUCCGAUACAGUAGAUGCAAUUAGAUCCCACUCCGGAAGGACUCCGACACAGUCUGGCCAUUUAUCAACCAUGUGACCUCUGUGGAGUCUGCUGAUUGGUUCCCAGAUGAGAUUAUGUACAGCACUAUUUACAGCAAGAUGAUGAAAUAUUUCUGUAAUAAUUUUGUCACUUUGUCAUCUGACCACUAUAUAUUGUUCAAUUAUCAGUAUCAAUUAUCAAUAUUAGUCUCCACCAUUAAAGGAGUGAAAUAUUAAAAAGAAUAACAGUAGAAUGCUUGCUUCUAUAAUGGUUAACUUACCAAAUGCAGUUUGGAAGAAGGUGCCAUUUACUGGAUCAAUAAUUUUAGGCCGAAGUCUCUCCACUGACAAAAUAAAUACACAGAACAGAUAAUAAAAAAAUACAUUAAUGACA